CAGAACUUGCUGCCUCGACUCAUCACACAGAUUGGUCUUUCUGCCUGAAUGCAUAAUGCAAACUGGACUUGCUGCCUGCCUGAACAAAUAAUGCAAACAGGACUUGCUGCCUCAACUCAUCACACAGACUGGUCUUUCUGCCUGAAUGCAUAAUGCAAACUGGACUAGCUGCAUGAACUCAUCUCACAGACUAGUCCUGCUGCCUGAUCAUAUAACACAGACUGGUCCUGCUGCCUGAGGCUGAAUAUAUAACACAGACUGGUCCUGCUGCCUGAUCAUAUACUACAGACUGGUCCUGAGUGCAGUUUGGCUACUCGAAGAUGAGCAACGGUACACAUGAGCAGGACGGACGCCUCAAUUCGGGACUGUCCCACGAAAAUCGGGACAGUUGGGAGGAUGCCAUCCGUACCCUGAACACCUUGCAAACAAAUGCCAGCUUCCUGCAGCAGGUGAAGAGACAGAGGAACAAUCCUCAGGAGCAGCUGGACGCUAUGAGGGGCUUCCUGGAGAGGAGUGGUCUGCAGGUAGAAGAUUUGGACCAGCUGAAUAUUAUACAUGUGACCGGCACAAAAGGCAAGGGAUCAACGUGUGCCUUUGCUGAGCAAAUCCUGCGCAACUGUGGGCUGAAGACUGGAUUCUACAGCUCACCACAUCUGGUGCAGGUGAGAGAGAGGAUUCGCAUUAACGGUCAGCCAAUCAGCAAGGAGCUCUUCAGCAAGUACUUCUGGCAGGUGUAUAACCGACUUGAAGAGACAAAGGAUGAUGAGUGCCCUUCAAUGCCAGCUUAUUUCCGUUUCCUAACAAUAAUGGCGUUUCAUGUUUUCCUGCAGGAGAAGGUGGACCUAGCCGUGGUGGAAGUGGGGAUUGGCGGGGCAUACGACUGCACGAACAUCGUCAGGAAACCAAUUGUGUGUGGAGUCUCAUCUCUCGGCAUCGACCACACAAGUAUUUUGGGAGAUACCAUUGAGAAGAUAGCUUGGCAGAAGGCGGGUAUAUUUAAGCCAGGUGUUCCGGCAUUUACUGUCCCCCAGCCUGCUCAGUCUCUGGAGGUGCUACGAGACCGUGCAAGUGAGCUCAAGUGCCCCCUCUACAUGUGCCCUGAUCUCUCAGAUUACGAGGACAGGGACAGCGCCCUCCACUUGGGGCUGGCAGGAGAUCACCAGAGAUUAAAUGCAACCCUGGCUUUACAGUUGGCGCAGACGUGGUUACAGAAACAGGGCUGGCAAGGUGUUGGUGAGCAGAAGAGCCCAAGCCGGCAGCUUCCUGCUGUCAAGUGGCCUUUUGUGCUGGCGUCACCUUUCCGUCCCAGCAUCCCAAUGGUCCAAGGGUUACAGGAGACGGUGUGGCUGGGGCGUACACAGGUCCUGCAGCGUGGCCCUAUGACUUAUUAUAUAGAUGGCGCACACACCAGCAACAGCGUGAAGGCGUGUGUUAGGUGGUUUAGGCACGUCGCUCUUGAUGAAGAGAAGGCAGGAGGCGGGUCAGUGCUCCGGGUGUUGAUAUUUAAUGCAACAGGGGACAGGGACACAGCCGCCUUAAUGAAGCUUCUCCAGCCCUGCCAUUUUGACUACGCCAUAUUCUGCCCUAACAUUAGUGAAAUGUCGGGUGUGGGGAUUGUAGACCAGCAGAAUUUUAAUGUGACCCUGGAGAGCGUCCUCACACAGUGUCUUGACAACCAGAAGAACUGGAACCAGCUGAUGGAGGAACGUGGUUGUUCUGAUCCUUGGGAUUCCUCACUUCCUGUAGACUCCCUGAUCAAGGAAAGCCAACGUGGAAUUCCCCUUCUACUUGCUCCCUCCUCUGAGCGACUCCUAAAUUGCAACUCUUUGGUGUUCCCUUCAAUCUCCCACGCCCUGCAAUGGGCAAGCCAAGGGAGAGACCCAGAUUUCUUAUGCCCAGACAUUAACCUUCUGCACCAUCACCCUGUGGCAAGCUCUGGCUCUGUGCUGCUGAGGGAAGCUUCUCGUAUCCAGGUCCUUAUUACCGGAAGUUUGCAUCUUGUGGGUGGAGCUCUGAAGCUGCUUGACAAGUCACUCUCUAAAUAACCACGCAAAUUAUGGCAGUCUUAGAAUUUGUAAUCUUACUUUGAAUAGCAUGGACUAUUCAUCACUAUCUGAAACGGGUUAACCACUAUUUUCUUCUGUUUCUGCAGAGGUUUACCCCUUCUGAGACUGGAGUUAUCUCUGUGUAGAUAAAUUAACAUUUAGACCAUCUCUUCUCAACUCUGUACCAUUGGCCCCUCUCUAUAAUUGCUGUAUAAUAAUAUUACAUUUUACUGUUAUUUGAUCCUUGAUGGAUAAGGUUUAGGUAAUGCUCUGUAUACUUUUUUUUUUUUUUUUUUUUAUUUAAUUGCUGCAGAAUAUAUUUAUUAACAUUUUA